UAUUCACUGUCGACAAUAUAAAAGCUGCCUAUCUAAUUUCAAACGCUGACAAAAGUUUACAAUAGGACAAACGAAGCAAAACAACAAAUGCCAAACAACGCGCAUGAACAGUGAAUCUGGGUCAACUUGGCGACGCACUUCCAACGCGGAUGCAUACACGAAAAUGAGGUUUUGGCCCAAAAGCAAUUUUUUACUCAAAAUGCAUCUAUUCUCACUCUUUUCAGCCGUGUUAGUAUUAAAUGCAUCAGAUUUUGACAAAUGUGAACUCAAACCCGGACCGUUCAAACCCUUUCGUCUCUUUUUUGCCGCGCACUUCAUUUGACAAAGGUCGCGGAAGGAUUCGAGUGUGCAUUGUUAAAACUACUCACGACAAGUUUCAUAAAGCUUAGUUCUGCUCUUUCCACGGUUAUACAACCAUUCGAAUAAGUGGGAUAGUACCGCACGCAUCGACAUGGGAGGGAGACCGAAGCUUCAUUGUCCCAUAAAUCUUCUUGUUUUACUGUGUCUUGUGCUCAGCUACAUGAGCAGUGCAGAGAAGGUUCUAUUCGUACCGAUGCCUAUGUUGUACAGCCACUGGAUGGUAGAGGCAUCAAUCGGGCAGGCAUUGAUGGACAGAGGUCAUACCGUCACGGUGGUUGUUGAAGAGGACAUCGUGGAGAAACGACGAGCAGAGAGGCCUGACUUUACGUUUGAGACAUUUCAAGACGAAGGAUUUGGAUCACGCCUUCGGGAAUUCCUAGACGACUUUUAUGGAAUGUCGGAACGGAUUUCUGCCAACGACGAACUAAGACUACGCGUACAGAUGACUGAAUGGGCGAAGAAACACUGCGAGCAUCUAUUGGGGAAGGGCGAACAGGAAAAUGAUCUGUUACAGAGAUUGAAACCAGAACAUUACAGUGUUGUUAUUUCUGACCCCGGUUUUAGAUGUGGCACUAUAGUGGCAGCAAACCUCGGGAUCCCCCACGUCACAACCUGUCCAGACGAUGGUACUUUUAUCGACAAAAUGGCCACUGGUGUACCGUUACCUUUGGCAUACGUCCCGUCGAUCGAAUUACAAUUAACUGACCAAAUGACGUUUUUGCAAAGAAUGGAGAAUACUUGCUUUUUCGGUGUUUCCACCAUCUUGAGUAGCUUAUUCUACGCUUACGGGUAUGACGAUCUGGUUCGAAAGUAUUUUAGCGAGAAAGAGACUAUCCAUAGUCUUUUGUCACACACGGACUUGUGGCUGUAUCAGACCGACACGGUGCUGGGUUUCCCCCGUCCCUCCAUGCCCAACAUCGUCCAGGUUGGUGGGCUGACCGUCCGUGCUGGCGUCCCUCUCUCUAAGGACCUGGAGGAUUUCAUGCAGUCGUCUGAAGACGAUGGAGUGAUCGUUGUCAGCUUCGGGUCCAUAGUCCAGACGAUGUCAAAAGAAAGGAGGGAAAUGUUCGCGGCAGUCUUCGCGCAGCUCCGACAGAAGGUGGUGUGGCGGUACCCGGGAGAGAAGCCGGCCGGUCUGGGUACCAACACCAAGCUGAUGUCCUGGCUGCCUCAGAAUGACUUACUGGCUCAUUCCAAGACCCGGGCAUUCGUCAAUCAUGCUGGGUUGAACGGAGUGUACGAGGCCCUGUACCACGGCGUGCCCAUGGUUUGUUUCCCGUUGUUCGGGGACCAUCCUGGAAACGCCGCCCGGGUGGUGGCCAGGGGACUGGGGGUGAGUCUGGACUUCAGCACGGUAACUUCGGACCAGUUGUACCAGGCUGUACUUCAUGUUCUCACCAACAGCAGUUACCGUGAGACGGCAGCCCGCCUGUCCCGUCUGCACCGUGACCAGCCCCAGUCACCCAUGGAGCGGGCCGUCUGGUGGAUAGAACACGUCAUCAAACAUGGCGGACUGCCCCAUCUCCGCGCACGCGCCGUGGAGCUGCCGUGGUACCAGUACUACCUGCUGGACGUGGCUGCGUUCCUGUUGGGCAUCUGUUCAGCUGUUUUGGGGACCCUGUGGCACAGCUGUUCCUUCGUCUGUAGGAAGGUUUGCUGUAAAAGAGACGGCAAACUUAAGUCACAAUAAAAGUUAUGAUAACAUAGUUUUCAGCCUUGUGACCCAAAGGACGUGGAUACCAAUUGAGUGAAAACAUUUACAUUGCGUUUUCGUUCUAACCAUAAUAACACAUAGCUUCAAGACCAAUGAUCUGAUAAUUGUGUAUCAAGGUGAAUUCAUAAUAUCUUUUAGAAGAUAAUAGAUGUGUUAUAAUCAUUAUAUCUAUUUGCAUCAUUAACAAUUUCAAUAUGAUUCCUUUUACUCGCACUAUUAUCGUCAUUAUCAUUAUUAAUACUAUUAUAACUGAACUAACUACUAUCAGAAGUCCAAUUACACUUAUCAUGAUCAUAAUAACCUUGUUAUUACUAUUAUCUUUUUCAUUAUCAUCAUUAAAAGUAGUGUUGUCAUAAUCAUAUUCCUUAUCAUUGUAACACCACAAAUCCUCUGCAGACGGCAAAAAUAGUGAGAUAGGGCGAAAAAAAAGUUAAAAAAAACAAGAUGGCCGAAUUUCCAAAUAAAUGCAGUAAACGUAAAAAAAAUUGAAGCGACGAAACAUGGUAUCACAGCCAACAAGGCAUUCAUUUCUGUAUUCAAGACGUGUACUAGUGUAGUAAAGGUGACACUAGUGUGGUAGACUGGCAUCACUUACCAACAUGGCAACAACACUCAUGGCUUCCAUACUGGGGCAACGUUUACAACUAUCUAGCUAAAUUUUAAGUUUCACCUCUACCUGGCUAGUGUCACUUCUACAAGUACAACCAUUAGCCUACAACACAACAUAUGUACCCAUUUUGGUACUUUCUCGCCAUGUUCACCAUGUUAACCGAAGAAAAAAUAAUGCGCGAAAAUUAAUGCGUGCGUUGAUCUUAUCCAUAAAUUUAACUUGCUGUAGCCUUAGCAUUGGACUGAAAAUGUUACAUAUCCGGUAACAAUGUAAGCUCAGCAUACACACCAAUAUGCGCCUGAGUCCGGAUUGUUAGGUGCUGGGUCCCUGUACACGCCUAAUGGGCCAUGGGCCAUGAAAGAUCAAGACCAAGCAGAUGUUGGGAGGAAAAAAAAUGUUAAGUUUACUUAGCUGCACCUUAACGCUGUUUUGGGGGCAGUUUGUAAGUUGACAUUAAACGGCACAUACUGUAAGAGGAACCCGGUCCUCUGCAUCUGGCUUCAUCUAAC